UGUCUGUUGUGCUACUGUGUACUGUGCUGUCCAUGCCUGCAUAUUAGGUGUCAGACGCUACAACACAGUAAGAAUAUCAGUGCUCACUGAAGAGAAAGGAAACAAUAUCCCAGUUUCUUAAAAAAAAAUCUGUUUUUUUUUCCCCCCAACUGGAAGUAAUUUGUUUGUUUGUUUUUAAGCACUGACUGGACAAACAUGGAUGAUAAAUACAUUUCCAAACUGUCAACUACUGUUGAUUUUUGGGCAGGGAUAUACCUGGUGGUAAUUGCCAUCUUGUCUAUCUUGGGGAAUGCAGCCGUCCUGGUCAGCGCAGCUCGUCGCUUUGCCCUGCUCAAGGCUCCUGAGCUGCUGACAGUCAACUUGGCCCUGACAGAUAUUGGCAUGGCUCUCAGCAUGUAUCCUCUGUCCAUUGCUUCAGCAUUUAACCACAGCUGGGUUGGUGGUGACAUGUCUUGCCUCUACUACGGCCUGAUGGGCAUGAUCUUCAGUGUAACCAGCAUUAUGACUCUGGCUGUGAUGGGGAUGGUCAGGUACCUGGUAACAGGAAGUCCACCCAAGACAGGUUUCAAGUUCCAGAGGAAAACCAUCAGUGUUGCGAUCAUUGGGAUUUGGCUGUAUGCUAUCCUGUGGGCCUUGUUUCCUCUCCUGGGCUGGGGCAGCUACGGGCCAGAGCCAUUUGGACUUGCCUGCUCAAUAGAUUGGACUGGCUAUGGAGAAUCACUAAACCAUUCCACAUUCAUCAUGACUCUGUCCAUACUCUGCACAUUCCUCCCUUGCCUGGCCAUCCUCUUCACUUAUUUUGGAAUUGCCUGGAAGCUGCACAGGGCAUACCAAUCCAUCCAGAGCAACGAUUUUCACUAUGGCAAUGUAGAGAAGAAAAUCACUCUUAUGGCUGUGAUGAUCAGCUCAGGUUUCAUAAUUGCGUGGACCCCCUACGUGGCAGUCAGCUUCUGGAGCAUGUUUCAUUCUCAGGAGCACGGCCACAUGACUCCUUUCGUCACCCUGCUACCAUGUCUGUUCGCCAAGAGCUCCACCGUAUACAACCCUUUUAUAUAUUUCAUCUUCCAGCGUAGGCCUAGCUCCCGGCACAAGCUCCAGCGCUUCCACACACCGAUGUUUUGUUGUUCUUAUCAGGCCGAUACACCUGCUGAUGGAGGGAAACUUGAAGGCAUUAAAGGUUCUGACUGUACCAUUCUGACUGUAACUGGGACUAAUGAAACCUGUGUGGGCAUAAUGGGAACUUCAGACAGUCAGUUUGGGAGUGAGAUGAUUACGUAAGGCUAAUAAUGUUGUAUGUGAUGAAGUCUGUGUUCUUAUGUGGCCUGUUCUUAUUUAAGUUGCAACAUUUUGCGUAAUUCCCUCAUUUACCAUUUUGCCAAGAGUCAGAUGAGAAAAUCAGGGUCGGGCUGCGUUUGGCUUCUAGGAGGGCUUAAAGGACUUCCCUUCUGGGAGUUUCACUCUGUCUUAGCCUUCUUUCUUGCUAUGGUUUUUUGCACCAUCCAGCAUGCUUUACACUCUAUUUUGACUUACUCACUCACACACACACACACUUGUAAACACUUCUAACACUUCCCCUCUAGCAUGACUGACCUGACUUGUUUGCUUCAUCUGGACAAAAAACAGAGCCUAAAAACAAUAAAUUGCAGUUUUAUGAUGGGUUUUAUGCCAGACUGUCUUGCUGGUCAUUUUUAUGUUGGCUGGCUUGCAGCCUUAAUGUUAAGCUAACUGCUGGGGUCUUGCUGCAUAUUUAAUGUGUGAGUAGUAUCAAACUUCUCAUCUAACUCUCAGCAAAUAAGUCAAAUUUCCCAAAAUAUGGUAGUAAAAGUACUUG